GUUUCAAGGACAGGACACCAGUGGCGGAGAGAAUCCUUGUCUGCUAGCAUGUGGUGGGCUGCUAGUGCCAAACUUGAGUUGGGGCUGGGGUGCUGUCUUCCGCCGACAUCCGGAUCCGGAAUCCCUGGUCUUCGCUCCCCAGCAUUUUGCCUCUUGACCACCCCUUCUCCCUCCCCCUGCCUGGUCCAGUUCCUUUCCAAACAGCCAUGCCCUCUACAUGCCAGGGCCCUGGGCCCUGAACCCGAUAGACAGAUGUCUCACAAACUGGGGCAUGGGAGAGGGGCUGGGGGACCCCAUGAUUCAGCCACGGACUCCAAUGCCCAAUCCCUCUCCCCGGAACAGUUCCCUGACAGCCCCGUGUCCCUGCCCUUCGCAGCUCUGUACACAUUUUUAAACCUGGCAAAAGAUGAAGAGAAUAUUGUAAAUAUAAAGUUUAACUGUUGCUGAUGCCUGCUGUGAUGCUAGGGGUCCGGGGCAGGGGGCUUGAAGAAACCAGCCUUGGGGAUGUGACUGCUGAUGCGGGAGGGGUGUCCCCACAGCCCUUCCCAGUGACUAGCUGAGGCCUAUUCACUGAAGGGGAGUGGGUGCUGAGUACGGUUGCCAUGGUAAUGGGGCUAUUUAGGGAGGAAAGAUGCGGACCCACCCUGGCCCGGUGGCUCAGUUAGUUGGAGCAUUAGUAUGUUCCAUAUACCAAAAGGUUUUGGGUUUGAUUCCUGGUCUCACAGCCAAGUUGUGGGUUUGAUCCCUGAUCCUGGUGUGUACUUUCUCUGUCUCUCAACAUAUCCUCAGUGAGGAUUAAAAAAAAAAGGAUUAGGACCCGUGUCUGCAGAGGACUGAGCGUGGUGCAGAAAAGGACCAACUGGGCUGAUGGGCGCAGACACCAGCAGGCUGGAGGGCCUAGUUCGCUGGUCCAGGUAGCCGGCCACAGGAGAGGCGGGCAAGGGGAGGGCCGUGGCUUCUGCAGGGUCUGGGCCCAGGCUGGAGGGUUACUCCUGGCCCCAGGACGCCCCCUCUUGGCACAUUGUGAGGGAGAGCCCCAGCAUCAUUGUGACCCGCUGACCCCCAGGAGCCUCUGGGGCAGGCAGGCGGGCAGCUGGCCACGGUGGCACAGUGGGUUGGGGGUCUAGGGGCCCCGGUGGUCCUGCGGACCCCCAUGGCUGUGGCUGAGCCACCAUGGCCCAGGUGCGCCUCGUACCACAGCCCCAACACCAACAACUGCCAGGACCUGGGCAACUCUAUCCUGUUGCUGCUGGGCCUCAUCAUCUGCAUGAACAUUUGCAUCAACAUAGUGACGCUGCUCUGGCGCAGACUCCGUUGCUUCUUACACCAACUGUUCUGCAAUAUUAUUUCUGCAAGAGAAGCUUCUAAGUCAUUCUCAGCUAGAAAGAAGACCCAGCAGAGCUCCCCUGCAGUCCAUCUUCGAUGCACCAUGGACCCUGUGAAAAUGACCGUGACCCCCCGGCCCGCUCGCCGCCAGCGCCGUCGCGGCAGGUCAGCGCGCCGUGCCCACCACCCAGCCUGGGACACUGACGAGGAGGAGAGGCUCCCUCACCAGCACGGGGCGAUCUGCUCCCACAACUGGAAUCACCCCUCGGACUGGGACGACUGCCACUCCACCCAGGAGUACUGGGAUCCCUGUGCCCAGGACACUGCAGGGAUGCAUACCCCGGGCAUUCGCUUCCAGCAGGACGUAGACGGAUCACCCCUCAAGAGAGAGAUGCGGUCAGAGAUGAGCCUAGAGGCCUACGUGUACCCCGUGAACCCCCCGCCCCCCAGCCCACAGCGCCACAGGAACAAAGGAGGGAGGGCGGGCUACGAGGAGGGGGAGGAGCAGUGCUCCACCGACCCCUCCGCCCCACCACCCGUCAGGGGGCCAGCAAAUGUCCCAGAUAUCCCCAGUAAGCACCACUCCCGCCACCUAGUGUACGACGCCCUAGACGUGAGGCGGCGGCUGCGGGAGCUGACCCGGGAGGUGGAGGCGCUGGCCCACUGUUACCCCGCUGCUGAAGGGGGGAACAAGGACUGGUCAUACCGUCCCCUGGUGGACUGGCGACUGGAAGGAGAAUAAAAAAAAGA